CAUUGAAGGUUUUGGCAUUAAUAAUACAGCACAUCAGUUGGUAGCCAACGGAGAUAACUUUAUUUAUGUAUAUUAUCAUGACAUGGGAAAUUCUUGCGAAACGAUCAAAUGGAAAGUAUACAAUACGAAUAAUUCAACAUUAAUAGGUGAUAACACUUAUAACAUCACAACAAAAGAAGGUUGCGUUCGUUCUUAUAAUACUCAAGCUGUAAUAGAUGGCGGUUUCCUGAUCACAUGGUCCGUAACCAUGACACCUUCAAAUAUUACUGAUCCAACAUCACCACCACAAACCCAAAGUCAAGUGUACGCUGUAUUCAUUAAACCAAACAGUGCGGAUGUCAAAACAGCGCCAUUUGUUAUAUUUUCUGGAACUACUGCUGCAGAGAUUAAGAUAUUGGCAUGUGCAGGGUCAAGUAUCGGGAGAGGGUUCAAUUGUUUCUUGCAGUCAAUGAUGAAUGAUUCGACUAAUGGAAUUCAGCCUUACCAAGUUACGUUCUUAUCAAGUGGGAUGGUUCAUAAUGUAGUACCGCUUAGAUCUAAUAUUACUAAUAAUCAAGCUACUUUCGGUGAUUUGCUGGAUUUGGCUGCUGUUCCUUUACGCGGUAGCUUGCUGAAAGAACAGAGAACGCAGAUAGUCUAUACAGGUGCCUCAUGCAUAUUUCCAAAUAAUAGUGUGGUUUUUACAGGAUUGCCAACAAAUUGGUUGGAUCCUAGGUACAUGGGAGGUUAUUCGAUUUAUACCGUUAAUUUGCCCAAAUUUUACGAAGAUG